AGUCAAGCUGGGGUCCUUGGGUGUGGGGUGAUGGUUGUAUAAUGGGGAGCAAUUACUGCUUCUUUCUGCCCUGAUACUACAACGCCUGCAAUGCUGUAAGCACUGUGCAUUCAGAUCUCCCCGGAGGGAUACUGGAAACAAGGGUAUCCCAAACCCUAUUCUCCUCCCUUUCGUAUGGUUUCUGUAAACCUCACCUUUGCUCUUGUGUCCAGGAGCACUGGCCCCUGGUGGCAGUUUUGGAUUAGAGAUGUGGUUAGAAGUUCUAGUAAGGUCAGUGGUAGAGUUUGUCAGCAGCGGUUUCCAGCAGAUGUCAGUUCAACUUGAUCUAGCAGAAAGAAAGCAAGCAGAGCCACUAUUUCAAGUGCACUAAAAUAAACCAUCACUCCACUGAGAGAUCUUACACCUCAGUAUUAGCCCAGUCCUUUCCAAAUUAUCUUAUAUGGCAAUGCAGUGGCACUACGAUGGUUCUGUACUGAGGGAAAAUGGCAGCACAAAGGCAUCUACACCAUUACCACAGCGGUGAUGUUUUCAGUCGUAUGACAGUGGAUGGAACCAGUUCAUCCAGGUAAAGCAAUGCAGUGCUGUAUCAGGACCUCCGAACACUGUUUGUUCCAGACCCACAGUGGCUGUGAACUGCUAACGGCUCUGCUCGGAUUUGGUUUAGAUAAUGGUAUAAUAUAGUAUAAACUCUUAGAGCACUAAAACAAAAAAAAAAACAUUGAGGGAGAGGGUUCAGUACUUCUAAAUAUUUUUUUUUUAUUUUUUAUUUUUAUUCUCUGAGCUCCCGCUGAUGUUAAACAGAAAGAACAGCUUGUAAAUUAUUAAGCAGACACUGCCGUCUUAAUGGGUACCACUCUGUUACUAUUUUUUGGAAGGAGUAUAAUUCAUGCAUCGCAGCUCAUACAUGAAUAAUGAGUUGUUUUCCUCCUGGAUAGCGGUACUGUUGCAGUCACAGCUCUGCACUGUGCACGGUGUGACUGCUCUAUCCCUUCCAGAUCCUGUUAACUCCUUCAAUCCCACUCCCUCUGCAGCCCGCAGGAAGAGCCGUGCCAUGGGGGCUUAUUUGUAGAUCGUUGAAUAACCUUGGCUGUUUGUCUACCGGCAUGGUGCAGCAUUUUUGUUUUUAUAACACAAAUGUUCUGGAGACAUCACAGCAUCUUUCUACUGUUAGGAUUCAACAAUAAUAGUGACAGUGAUUUAAUCAUUUUCAGAAAUACAAUUUCUCAUUCUCACUCUAAAGUCAUAUUAAAGUCAUUUUAGAUAUACGGUAUUUAUAGAAGACUUUUUUUUUUUUUUUGGCUAAUGCUGGGCAGCCCUGUUGUGUUCAUGUCUGUUAAAAGGUUCCACAUGACUAGCUGAAGUCGCUGGGGGGGGGGAAGUCAGUUAACUUUUUGCCUCAAGGGUGUCUUGUUGCUGGCACGCAUUACCUGACAACAUGUACCACAAACACAGCUGUCCACCAGCCAGAGUCAGCACACUGUCAUAUUGAUUACAAAAACUAAGAUGUACUUGUACAUUAACUCUAUUUACAACUAUUUACAUUACACCCAUCUUCAUUGUUGUUUAACUAACAGAAAUCCAAACUAAGAACCAUAUUUUCAAAGUGUUUCCUCCGUUCUUUAAUUAACUUAGUUACAAAAUGAGAUACAAAACCCAUUGGGAGUUUCAAGAUUAAUUGAACUCUGGAGUAUAUGCUUUGAAAAUAUGGCCCUAACUUGUAAAGAAAAAAACAAAAACAAAUUGAAAACUUGACAUAGGUCUACAUAGAUAUUUACCUAAACUUGUCAAUAGCAAGAGUUACACAAAAUAAAGUGGUCAAACCAUGAAAAAACAAGUAUUCAUUUGAGCUUUUUAAGUAGUAUUAUGUGGUUUCCAUUCCAUUUUGUAAUUGGAUUUUUAUUGUUUAAGAAGAACGAAAUGCACUGAUGGCAUAAUGGCAGUGCUGAGUAAAUAGCUUUAGGAAUGUAGCCCACAUUCAUUUGACAUGUUGAAUUGGACCCUCUCUGUGUGUCUUUCUCUGUCUCUCUGUUUCCUGGGUUAGAGUACAAUAGAUGGUUUGAAAACAAUAGCUGGUUUUAUUUUAAAAAGCAGCUCCACCCCUAUAAAAAAGACUGCGGUGUACCAUGGUGAAACUCCGGCAAAGUGGAGUGCAGUAUAGUGAUAGCAUGGGCAUGUGAAAGAACAGAGAAGUACACAAACCAUAGGUCAUUAUACAAGGGCACAACAUGAGCAUAUAAAUGAGAAAAGCACAUUGGCUGAAGAAAUAAUGAACUAAUUUAUCAGUCCCAGUUUCAUAUGGAUGGUCCUUUGGAUGAAACAAUACUGAUAAGAAUAUAAACCAGUUGUUAACUGAACAGCUUAUAAAUUUAAGGCAUGACCCGAAUGAUGGUCAUUUUUGGAAAACAAAUCAAGUGUGAGAAUGUGAGACAAGUGCAAAAGAAGACCCAUGCUUGAAUAGGCUUGCAACAGCUACAGAAGGAGGCAGGCAGGAUUAAAAUGAGAGCAGGAUAUUAUUACAUCACAGGCCUUAAGACAAAAUGACACUAGCUCAUGAGCAGAUUCAAAUCUACACAAAUACACAGUGCCAGGUGAUCUAACUGCAUACUAACUGCACUGCAUACCUCAUCCGUUUGUUUAUGAUCACUGGCUUGCACGUGACCUCUGGAGAAAGACACGACAGCCACAAGAAUAAGUAAAUGAACCAAUAAUGAGUCAUUAAAUUGGCGUGGAUAUUGGAGUUGCAACACUUCCCAGAACAGUGUUCUUUGAGCAGCCUGUGUCAUAUAAUUGCAUUUCCAAAUAUUUAGUUGUUUUUGACAAUUUUAUAAAGAUUUAUACAACAACAACAAAAAAAAACGUGCUAAUACAUGACACUUAAAUUCCUCCCUCGUUUGAAUGUCCCGAUCUGAAAAGUGUGUUUUGCUGAUUGACUAAAGUGUUUAAAUACAAAACAUGCUUUUUAAUAGCGUGCUUCUCUUUUCAAAGUAGUUCUUGUUUUAUCCAAUCAACUGGGCACUCUCAAAAAGGAUAAACUGAAUUGACUUUGAGAAGAUUCAGCUGGGUUUUGACUAGUUCUAACCACUUCUGCUGUUUUGGAAUUUUGAAUUGAAGGUUCAUUUGUCACGCCUACUGGACCAGUAAACCCGUGACCAGUUGCAGUUUACUGUGCGUGUCACUCCACACCUCUUCACGAAUACCUCCUGACCACUCUCCCCAUACUGUAGCUGUACAGUACACGUGACAUUUCAAUUGCAUACUGUAUCGCCUCAAAGCAAACCGGCAUAUCAUGUGAAAAUUUUCACUGUAGUUACACCACAGCACCUCAGCUGUUAAUUACCAUUAUUACGCAAAUAUGAUUUGAUUAUUCCGGGACAAUGGAAUUAAAAUGUCAAGAGCCCAGCAGUUUGAAACACUCUUGUAAGCUUAAUAGAUCCACCUGAGAUCCAGAUAACUGUCAAGUUCACCUGUUCCCAGGACUCGGGAAUGGAUCAAAAUUGCUGUGCAAUCUUCAGUUUUAAAUCACACGUGUGACUGAAGAUUUUUCUAUAGAUGGAUAUAUGUUAGUAUUAUCCGUAUCAAAACUGAACCAGAGCACUCUGUUUAGUGAUCGCUGGUUAGCAGUCGUAGUAAGAAUAGUAAUUUUUAGAAAUGAAUACUGCAAAUCCACUAAGGUGCAAAAUCUCGCUUUUGGCAAUGGAACUUGCCUGUAUCGGUCCAUCCUAUCUCAAAUACAUUGCUAAAGAGAUUUGCCCAUUCUUACAUGAUUAGUCUUCUAUCUUUAUAACCUUAAACAGUAGGUUGCAAAUUGUUUUAUAAGUUACAUAAAAUGUAUGAUUGUUAGAGUAUGCACUGUGUCUCCUGCCUGUGCUUUGUUGAAUAUAAAAUCUUCACAAAUUACACCUUAUCUCCCUGCUGAGUUAAUGUACUUCGGUGAAGUUUUCAGUUGUUAUUUAUUACACCUGUCAGUCCUUCUUGGCCUCUACUAAAAUAAAAAUAAAAUAAACAAGCUAACUGUGCCACCCUGUGGUUCGAAUUUGAGAUUACACUCAAAACAUUUGAGCAUAUUGGUUUUAUAUGUUUCUGCAGUGAGAUAAUGCUUGGAAAAUCAGGAAACACAAUAGCAUUUGGGACGAAAAAAAAAUUAAAAUCUUGUAUUAAAAAUGUAAAGUGUAACCAUGAGGAAAGUGUUGGAAAAAUGCUAAAUGACUGUGCUGAAUUGAGUACUAGUAGUUCCAGGAAAGGAACUGCAAUAUAUCAGCUGCGAUGCUGUCAGGAAAAUGACCUGAACUUGAACCAAAAAGAAAAUGUGCAAUGUGAAAAUUCCUGGUGAAAGAUUACCCAGGUGUCUGAGCCCUCGGCCACACUUCUCCUGCUAGCUGGGUGCUCUUCGUGUGCUCUUUGACUUUCAUUGCUCUCUCUUCUUUUCUGUCCACACCUGUUGUGCGAGGACCCCAUGGGCAGUCCUCCAGUGUGCCUGUCUGAAUUUCAAGAUGAGCUCCCCUUACUGUAGGCCUCGUGGUGCCGGGAGGCGGAGGGAUACGCCCACAGUAACGGGAGCUCCUCGCUUUGUCCGCAGGCUGAGCACGCCGGGGUCAGGACCUACUUCUUCAGUGCGGAGAGCCAGGAGGAGCAGGAGACCUGGAUCCGAGCGAUGAGUGAAGCUGCCCGGGUCCACAUCCAGCCGAUACAGAGAAACAACUCGGAGAACAUCCCCCCAGCGGUUGCCAAUAUGGUGAUUGUGGCAAAGGGGGCAGAGCCUCGGCAGCGAGGGGAGGGAGACGGUCGGGGAGCGGAGAUUCGAGAGUCCAGCAAGCAAGAGCUCAACGGGAUGAUCCCUGCAGAGGCCAUGACACCCCCCACACCCAGGUCCCCCAUGACCCCUGAACUUGAUGGCAGAGGGAAGGAGAGGGGAGAAAGGAGGCAGCGCCAGCCCAACGGGUGGGGGGGAUAUGGCCGACAUACCUCAGCCUUCCGGCCCCAGGCACCCCGGGACCCACGGGACUCCCGUGAGGCUGUUGUGCUGCGGAGAGGGUUUGUUCCACGCACACAGCCAGAAAGACAGGCACAAAGGAAGAGCUCCAUGACUCAGCUGCAGCAGUGGGUGAACCAGCGAAGGACUGCUCCGCCUCCAGAGGACCUGCGUAGUCCAACCCGUUACUACUCUGUGAGUCCUGGUACCCCGACAGAGUAUUAUGGGGUGUAUGGCCCCCAGUUUGUGAACGAGUAUGGGAUGUACCCACCAGGGGUGCGCCCAGACAGUAUCUGCUCAGAGUCUGGCUUCGAGGGGGUCCCUCCCCGCUGGGCCAUGGAGGAUAGGCGUCGAUCUCUGCGGGACGGAGCCAUGUACCCCCAGGAGCGUACACGGGAUGUGGGGGUCAGGGGAGGAUACGUCUGGGCAGCCCCUAACCCGGCCGCUAUGUCUCCUGCCCAGCACACUGCCUACUAUGCCCAGUUGCAGUCUGCACAGAGCUCCCUGCAUCGCCUCUCCCUGCAGCCUCGCUCACGCUCUGUGCCCCGCUCACCCUCCUCCUCUCAGGGUCCUUACCCCCCUGGCUCACGAGCCUUCUCCCCCGUGCGUUCCCCCAGCGCCCGCUUCGAGAGGGGCCCUGCUGGCCACCACAGAGACGGCCACAUAUACGCAGACCCAGCUGCUCACACCAUGAGGCGAUCCAUCAGCUCACCAAAGUACGAGUAUCCCCGGGACCGGAGGUCAAUACCCCAGGAAAUGUACCACUACAACUACCCCGCCUCCCCGUCUUUGCAGGACAAAAUGGAGGAUAUCCUAGACCUGCAGUUGCAGAGAAAUCUGGAAUACCUUGAUCAGCAGGUUUCUCCAUAUCACGAAGUCUACAGGGACGUGCUGCCAGCCUACAAGACCAAUGAAAUUGAUAUUGAUAAACUCCUGGGCCAGCUGUGUGAACAGAACCGGGUCCUAAAAGACAAGGAGGCGACCGUGCAGCGCCUGCGAGUUGACAAGGACAGUCUGGAAGGAGCUUUGGUCGCCACUCACCAGGAGCUGGACCUGUACCGAAAUCAGCCAAGCAUUGCGGACAAGCUGCAGAUCAAGAAAGAGGCUCUACAGAACCAGCUGAUCAACAUCCGUGGGGAGCUGUCACAGGCCUCCAGUGUUCUGGCGACGGCGCAGAUGGAAUUUGAGGUUCUGGAGGACGAGGUGGGGGCCGUGCACAGCGAUCUCUGGGAGCAGCUUCAUGCAGGAGGGCAGAACGAGCUCCUUCACAGACACACACAGAAGGAGUUCUGGAGGAUCCAGGAUGUGCUGGAGGGUCUACACAAAAACAACCCCUCCCGGGGGACUGACACCGCCAAGUACAGAGUGACCAGCGGGGCCUCUGGGUCCUUCAGCACUAACAGCCCGGCCAGCCCCCUCAGCUCCGUCAGCCUGACCAGCCCGUUGAGCCCCUUCUCUCCAGUCUCGGGGUCUCAGGUCUCCCCAACCAAGCAGGUCAUCAUCGAGUCGAAGUUCAGUUUCCGAUCAGAUACUCCGCCAGCAGAGAAAUCCAGCCCUGGAGAGUCGGAGCUGAACAAUCAGAACAAUGUGGGCGUUAUUCCUCCCUGGACCAAGUCUCCUGUCAAAGAGGAGACAAGCUCUCCGUCUCUCACCAACCGCAGAAGCGACAACAGCAAACUGCCCAAUGGACACAUCUCUCAGGAGCGCCCGAAGAGUGCAGUGUUCCCUGCAGAGGUGAAGAUGAAGAUGAGCGUGAAGGAGCAGAAUGAGAGGAUCAAGCGACACCAGAGCAGCUCAAUGCGUGAGAAGAGAAACAGCCUGCAGCUUUCUAAUAACCAACAGAUUGAUGGGGUCAAGCCUGCUGUCAACUACAGAGUGGUGCGGCGACGGCUGACCGCUCACGAGGUGGACAUCAAGGACCUGGAGGCGGCGGUACGAGGGCAGGGGAUGGAGUCCCCUCGGGAGGAGAUUGCUCGCCUGCGCCGGGUGGAGAUCGAACCCGAGCACUACAACGUGGACAUCAGCAGAGAGCUAUCGACGCCGGACAAAGUCCCGAUUCCAGAGCGAUACCUGGAUACUGACCCCGACCUGCCCCUCAGUCCAGAUGAAAUCCGUGAGAAGAAGAAGAAGGUGCAGCGCAUCAAGACCCUCAUCGCCAAGUCCAAUUUACAGAACAUCGUGCCUCUGCUGGACGGCCCAGCAGAUGGACAGGUGGACACAGAGCAGCAGCGGCAGGAGCAGGAGAAGCGGAUCGAGAUCUCGUGUGCUCUUGCUACCGAGGCGUCCCGACGCAGUCGCCUGCUCUCUGCUCAAUGCCUUACCCCCAGCCCUCCAACCUCCCCGACCAACCCGGACCCUCCCCCCAUUGCUGACCUCACUGACUCCUCCCACUUCAUGAAGGUCUAAGUCUGCACAGCUCAGGCCCUGGCUGCGGUGAAGUUCCACGGAUCAACAUUCUGAGCGCUUAAAGAUCGACAAAAAAAGAAGCAAAACUAAAAGAACGAACCCUUUUUCCAGAGAGUAUAUUUUUUCAUUCAUUUAUUUUACGGCUGUAUGAGAAUUAAAAAAAAAAUAAAAUAAAUCUUAAUACCUGGAAGCCCAGGAGACUUUGAACCCUAUAAACCAGGAAAAGGGGGGCACUGCUUGUCAUGCUGCCCCUCCACCACAAGGGGCACCAGAAUCAGCUGGUACAACUAUCCUGCUUUCUCUUUUGUCUCUUACCAUACAAGAAACCAGCCGGACUGGAGGGAUCUACAUCUGCUUUAGAAAUGGUUUACAGUUGGGAGUAAGACAUUUGGUUUGAGAACUUCAACACGUUCCUCCUGUUUUUCCGUGGAGAAAUUUGAAUGCACAAUUUGUUGUCCAAAACUUCUGAAGCAGUGGGAAAUGUUUCACGCAGACCCCAUCCUUAAAGUCUGGAAUCGCAUGUUGCAAUCUUAGCAUCAUCCAACUUCAAAGCUGAAUAUCUAGUGAGGUGUAAUGGGGCUCCCUGUGAAAGGUGCAGUACAGUCUGUCUCAUACUGGGAUGAAAAACUUUGGGGUCAACUAAACUCACCCAACAUCCCUAUGGACAUCUGACUGCACAAUAUCCUUCAUGUACUCUAGACCAGAAGGAAACUCAUGCUUUGGCUUUACUUUCUUGGUAAACAAGCUUUUCAAACAGGAUCGGUACAAACAGAACCAGUGUGCAAACUGCCCCUCAGUCCUUUUUAUACUGGUACCAGCCCACCAGCAGCCAUGGGUUCAGUCUCGUUGACUGGAACAUAAUGCAAUAUGCAGACUGUAGCAACUGCAUAAGCACAGACUGACCCUGUCCAUUCCAGCUUCAGUUGUCUGUGUGUGUGUGAGUCUCUGCGUGUGUAUGUUGGAGGGAAUUUGCUCAGUGCUCUUUUAUACACAUCUAGAUCUCUCAAGUCUAAGGCUUUCACGUUAAAUAGGGCUUGUUGCAAACUGUGAAUGUUUGUUGAUGUCCAUGCAGUACAUCCCAGCACUUUCUUUCGUACGUCUGUACUGAUAAAACUUAUACAGCUAUAAUAGAAUAUAAUUAUAUACGUAUCUUUUGCAUCAAAGCAGUCUUGCUGUUACACAGUGCACACAUUGCAGCGGUAACUAAUAAUAAUAAAAUACUAAAAUGAUGUUAUUGCUAAUUGUUAUAAAAGAAAUGGAGUGAAAAAGAAGUGACCUUAGAAUAUUAAGCUUGCUAGAUCAAAUGAUAAUUAUACCAAUGCCUGUUCUAUGCAUUGUUUUAUGUUGAUCAUUAAUGGUCUCUUGUGAUGUCAUUAGUUUUAUGUUAAUUCUGAGAUGGGUCAUCAGCUUACGUUCCAGGUACCUGAGUUGGUAGCUGGCCAGUGCUUUUGGCUGCUGUCUUGGGCUUCAUCUGCCUUUAUCCUUACAUUCAAAGACCUAUCGUCAAUGUAUAAGGAAGGACAAAAGAUGAAACUGCCACUUAACUCUGGCCGAAGCAUUUCCAUGACGCUACUCUCUCAAUUUUUACAGUCCUGUCAACUUGUCAGCAAAGAGCCUGACUAGAAAUAUUGUAAGUGGAACAAACAACUCAAGAUUCACAAACCCCCGAUUAGUGCAAACCAGCUGAUGUCACUGAUUUUAGUGCUGAAAUAAACCAUUCUGGUGCCAAAAAGUGGAUUAUUUAAAUAAAAGACGAUCUCUAAAAAUGAGAUAUUGCAACAGCACACACAUCCCCAUGCCUGUUGCGGACAGUAUAUCUGUGACCUGUGCAAUUAAGCUGUUGGCCUAUCCUAAAUCCAAAACCAUUCCUUUGAAAUCCAGGCAAAGCAAUUCUAAAACUCAGGCGUAGCUCCAGCGUUUUAACUGUUGGCUUUAAACUGCAUUCUCUGUUUCUGUUUCCCUUUCAGUGUCACAGCCUUUCUUUGUGCUGACUUGUCUACCUGUCACAUUGAAAAGAGCUGUCAUCUUAAAUUCCUGUGAAUAUAUUCAUUGUUUAUAGCUAACCUGAAGAUGUACGUAUUUAAAAGCAAAACAAAUUCCUUAUUAUCAUUUUUAUUUUUGAAGCAGUUUUAAUAAAUCCUGACAGCAAACCUUCA